ACAGAGCGGUUCCCCGCCACAACACGAGCUGCGUCAACUGUCUCCGCCCGCCGCUCGCUCGCCGAGGACUCAGCCGGGACGAGGACCGAGGCGCCGGCCCGACCGACUUGUACCUGUGCGCGGGGCUCCCCGUGGAGGAUGUUGACCGGACUGGGUUCGGUCGGGGGACUUUGUGCCAGCGUUUCCCUCGAAACGGUCGCCUCAGCAAACGCCGUUGUCGUCGCACGAGUGUUUGGGGACCUGCGAGUGGAUAACUAUGCCACAGAUCCACGUGAGGCCCGAUCAGAGCUAGUGCACACGGGCCCGCGUGUGGCCAUGUACUGCAAGCUGCGACUGUGACCGUGCUAUCAAGGAAAUUCCUCCGUCCUCCAGGGCCACCUCCGUGGGUUCUCUAUCUGGUGACUCUUGCCAAUGAUGCCGCGCUGAAAUUGAAAAAAAGAGACACUUGGGACUGUUGCGUAGCAUGACCUGAGGUGCAUUCUUCUGAUCAUCUAAAAAGGUUGCCUCUUUUCAAAGCUGCAGCAAAACAAGUGACAAGAGAGACAACGAGGGACACUCAACAGAGACAAAAUGGCCACAGGAGAAAAUCAGACACAGUUGGGAGCUGUAGUGCCGGCUCAGUGUGCCGGGAGCAAACCUAGCGGAGAAGCCAGACACGCGAAUGACCGGCAGGAAGUGCGUCGAUGCUCUGACCAGUUGUUGCAGUCAAAACAGAGGAGCAGCCCUUCCCUGCUCUUAUACAGGAAGCUGUCGUGCGACGGCGGGGAUGGGGUGAUUGUCGACGAGGAGUACGGGUGUGCGGAGUACAGCUCCAAACUCCCGAGCGACGAGGAGAAACCUGAUCCGGAGCCGUCCGCUGCCAAGGGAAUUGAAAGAAUAACUAACACACUUGCUCCUAUUCCUGGGCAAAGCUCGGAGGAGCCUCCAUGUCCGCUGGACACCCCCGGAGGAGGUGUGGAUUCAGGUGGAGACAGAACUGGAAGCACUUGCUGCUCCUGCGCCCGGUCUAGCCUUCACAUGAGGCCAAGCACCCGCUGCUGCCACAGCCCCGGAUCCACUCCAAGCCCCAACUCCAGCCCCGCUCACAGUCCCCAUCCGGGCUCCAGGGCCUCGAGGCCCAACCAGCGACACAUCCGCCGCAGCAGCCUGCCCGUGUCCAUGCUGGCUUUCUCCAAGGCGUCACCUUGCCUCUCAUCGCAGUGCAGCCCGUCCAGUGAACGGAGCUCCUCGGUGUCUUCUCCCUCUCGCUCCCCCCUCACCAACCAACACCAGCGUCAGCAAAAUGGACACGUCUGCCGGCGCCACCUCAAAGACGGCUUCUCAAGCUUAGAGAGGCUCAACAGGCGGCCCAGGGUUAACAAAUGCUCCCUGGAGAAGCUAUUCCUACGACGGACAUCCCUCGAAACCAUGCGGACGAACCUGGGGCACGGGGAGAGGUCGCCCUCGGCGGCGGCCGGGAGCUGCAGCGGUGGCAACAGCAGUGAUGAGGUGGAUGGAGAGGGCUCCUUAGACAACAUGGACUUUGUUAGGAACCGCAAAGAGCGUUCCACUGUCCUGGUGAGGCGCUUCUUCAAGAAUAAUCAGAAGGUGACCAAGUCGGUGUGUACCGGAACCAGAGCAAUCGUCAGGACUCUGCCGUCGGGACACAUCUCAGAAGAGGUGUGGGAGGUGGUCGUCCACCACAGGAUACAGCGACCCAGCAAGACGGAUACGUGGCCAAUCCUAAUGCGCCGUGUGGUCGAGGAAUUCGGCGUCUGCAGGGGGAUGCUGCGCUUUGUUGGGGCCAAGCUACAGCAGGUUGCCAGCUGUGUGCCGGACGGAGAGGAACUCACCCUGAUACACCCCGCCAACAGGCUCCUGUUGUCCUUCCCCGGAUGUGUGUGUCUCGGGGCGUCUCAUUGGCCGGUUCGCAGCCCAGACGGACCUGCUCUGAACCCCUGCCUCAGUCCUCGGUGUGGUCGUUCUUUCCAGCCUCAUCGGUUCUAUCUUUCUUGUGGCCAGAGGACAUCGGUGUGUUCCCUGCUGACGGGAGCCCUACUGGAGGCUAUAGCUUCCCUCGGGGCCCGCUCUGCCCUGCCCUACCCUUUGCCCCCGGGUCCCAACGGCCACGGCGUGCUGAAAGAGCGUCAGCUGGCCAACAGUAUGACCAGCAGCAGCUCUCUCCCUCCCAGUGUCAGCGGGAUCGGUACGGAGCUGGCAGAGCUGCGGCACCUUGUGCAGUUCCCCGAGGAGAUCGCCUGCAUCCUCACCGAGCAGGAGCAGCAGCUCUACCAACGGGUCUUUCCCUUGGACUACCUCUGUUUCCUCACUCGAGACCUGGGCAGCCCCGAGUGUCCGACUAAACGCCACCCGAGCCUCAAGGCCUCGCUGUCGGCGCCCGCCAUGCCUACCCAGAGUGCUCAGCGAAGUAACGCCGUGGAGGACCUGGUGACACGAUUCAACGAGGUGAGUUCGUGGGUGACGUGGCUGGUCCUGACAGCAGGGUCCAUGGAGGAAAAGAGGGAGGUCUUCUCCUACCUGGUCCACGUCGCGAAAUGCUGCUGGAACAUGGGAAACUACAACGGAGUCAUGGAAUUCCUGGCAGGACUCAGGUCCCGCAAGGUGCUGAAGAUGUGGCAGUUCAUGGACCAGUCAGACAUCGACACCAUGAGAAGCCUGAAGGACGCCAUGGCUCAGCACGAGUCUUCAUCUGAGUACAAGAAGGUCGUGACCAGAGCUCUCAAUAUCCCGGGAUGCAAGGUUGUGCCAUUCUGUGGGGUUUUUCUGAAGGAGCUGAGUGACGCGUUAGAUGGGACGGCAAGCAUCAUUAGCCUUAAACCACCUCCAGACAACACAGAGGGCUCUAUAGAGUUUGUGUCCGACUACAGCGGCCAGCACAACUUCAUGUCGCGCUCCGGUCCAAACGGCCUACACGUCCCAGAGAAGGAAGCCACCGUCAGCAACAUCCUCCAGAUUAUCAGAUCUUGUAAUCGUAGUUUGGAAGCAGAGGAUCCCGAUGAGGCAUCCACCAGUCCCUCCUCCACUGGCCCGUCCCCUGCAUCCAGGAGCAACUCGUUCAGGGACCGUUGCCAUAAUCAUUCCCAUUCAUUUAGGAUGCUGCCCGAAUCAAACCGUGUCUUAUUUAUGGUCGGGGACUUGUCGGAUUCAGAUGGGGACUUGUCGUCUGAGCCGGCGGUGAAGGAGGCAGAGUUUCAGGGGACCGAGGAGACGCACAGAGCUUUCUGCCACGGCACUGAGCUCAUCCCCUGGUACGUGUUGUCACUGCAACCAGACAUUCACCAGUUCCUGCUGCAGGGGGCCACAGUCAUCCACUACGACCAGGACAGCCACCUCACAGCUCGCUGUCUGCUGCGUCUGCAACCCGACAACACAACACUUACCUGGGGUAAGCCUCAGAGCGGAGGAGCUUCCCCUCCGGAACAGCCGCUGGGAUUAGGACAGACUGUAGUGGCAGGACUAGCGGAAGGCCUGCUGGACCUGGGGGUGGUGAAGGCGGUGUUUCUGGGCCACCAGGGAGUGGACGUCCAUGCUGUGUGUUUGCAGAACAAGCUGAGCCAGAUGACGGUGGAGGAGAAUGGCCUCAGCCUCCUCUACGGUCUCAGCACCACAGACAACAGGCUCCUGCACUUUGUGGCCCCCAAUCACACGGCGCGGGUGCUUCACAACGGCCUGUCGGAGUUGGUGAAUGCAACCAGAAAAUUGAAGAAGUUUCCCGACCAACGGUUGCAGUGGCUGCGGAGGCAGUAUGUCAGUCUGUAUCAGGAGGACGGCAGGUACGAAGGCCCCACACUAGCCCAGGCCAUUGAGCUGUUUGGUGGCCGCAGGUGGAACAUGGGUUCAGGCGGAGUGGAGAAAGCUGGUGCCCAGAAAAACAGCCCUCUGAGCAGCAAUGACAAGGCCAAGAAGAAGAAGAAGGUCCUUGUCAGGGGAGACAGUGGGGACGCCACGGACGACGAGAUGGGUUCCAGGAAAACGCGGAGCUGUAAGGAGGGACUGUAUCGGAACGGACCGGAGUCUGACAGCAUCGACCAAGAAGAUCCAGAGGACAACUUCCCUGGACCGUUCUCCCUCUCGUCCAACAAGAGCCCCGGAUUGCUAGCCUCUUCUUCCUCCUCCUCUUCAUCCUCCAGCAUGGCAGGGUCCAACCAGUCCCGCCCACAAUCCUCUCCGAUCCUAUCAGGAACCGCCAAGUCACAACCAGGGGCAUGGAGCAGCAGGUCGUGGCACGGUCGAGGCAAAGGCUGUUUCAGAGGCUUCCAGAACCUGAUGAUUUCUGACAGCACGAUGAGCUUCAUCGAGUUUGUUGAGCUCUUCAAGUCUUUUAGUAUCCGAAGCAGGAAGGACCUGAAGGAGCUGUUUGACACCUUCGCUGUGCCCUGCAGUCGAUCAAGUCCAGAGUCGGCCCCUCUCUACACCAACCUCAGAAUAGAUGACAAAGACACGGGGCUACAGCCUGACCUUGACUUACUAACCCGCAACGGUUCUGAUCUGGGCCUGUUCAUCCGGACGAGGCAGCAGAUGUCGGACAAUCAGAGGCAGAUCUCGGACGCCAUUGCGGCAGCCAGCAUCGUGACCAACGGGACCGGAGUGGAGAACGCAUCACUAGGUGUCCUGGGGUUGGCUAUCCCCCAGCUCAAUGACUUCUUGGUCAACUGUCAGAGGGAGCACCUGAACUACGAUGACAUUCUCAGCAUCAUACAGAAAUUUGAGCCCUCAUCAAGCAUGAAACAAAUGGGCUGGAUGUCAUUUGAAGGUUUUGCAAGAUACCUGAUGGACAAGGAGAACUUUGUGUCUCGUAACGAGGAAUCCCAAAUGAACCAGGAGGAGCUGCACUAUCCUCUGUCCUACUACUACAUCGAGUCCUCUCAUAACACGUAUCUGACUGGACACCAGCUCAAAGGAGAGUCCUCUGUUGAGCUUUACAGUCAGGUGCUGCUGCAAGGCUGCAGGAGCGUUGAGUUGGACUGUUGGGACGGAGACGAUGGCAUGCCAGUUAUUUACCAUGGACACACACUCACCACUAAGAUCCCCUUCAAGGAUGUGGUGGAGGCAAUUAACCGGGCCGCGUUUGUCAAUACUGACAUGCCCGUCAUCCUGUCCAUCGAGAACCACUGCUCCCUUCCACAGCAACGCAAGAUGGCGGAGAUCUUCAAGACGGUGUUCGGCGAACGCCUUGUGACGCGCUUCCUCUUUGAGAGUGACUUCAGCGAUGACCCUCACCUGCCGUCGCCGCUGCAGCUGCGGGGGAGGAUCCUCCUCAAGAACAAGAAGCUGAAAGCCCACCAGGCACCGGUGGACAUACUCAAACAGAAGGCUCACCAGUUGGCCCACAUGCAGGCUCAGGCUAGCAACGGGUCGCCGGGGGUCACUUCACCUGGCAACCACGCCAAUGAGGAAGAGGAAGAGGAAGAAGACGAGUACGACUAUGACUACGAGUCUCUAUCAGAUGCUGAUGUCCUCACAGCCUCUACUGCCUCAUAUGGCCUGGAAGAUAACUUACUGGAUGACAAGCCAGAGGGGAAGAGCUCCGCAGACAAAGAAGAGCAACCUGUUGAUGAAAUACCGAAGAGGAUGAAGAAGGCUGACAGCACCACGCAGAGCAAAGGAAAGGUGUUCGACAUGGAGCUGGGCGAGGAGUUCUACCUUCCUCAGAACAAGAAGGAGAGUCGACAGAUUGCCCAGGAGCUGUCCGACCUCGUCAUCUACUGCCAGGCCGUGAAAUUCCCUGGCCUGUCCACACUGUCUCCGACCGGCUCCGGCAGAGGGAAGGACCGGGGGAAGAGCAGGAAGUCCAUAUUUGGCACGGCUCCAGCUCGCUGCAGCACGACGGGGGAGGUCACAACCCAGAGCCGCACCCCUGGGAAAGGUGGUGCUGAGCGGCUGAGCUGGGAGGAGCAGCAGACGUCACCCGUGCUCAACCCCAACACCUCCCUCAGCGCCAUCAUCCGCACACCCAAGUGCUACCACAUCUCCUCCGUCAACGAGAACGCCGCCAAGCGCCUGUGCCGGCGCUACUCCCAGAAGCUGAUCCAGCACACGGCGUGCCAGCUGCUCAGAACGUACCCGGCCGCCACCAGGAUCGACUCGACCAACCCCAACCCCCUGCUCUUCUGGCUGCACGGCAUCCAGCUGGUGGCGCUCAACUAUCAGACCGACGACCUGCCCAUGCAGUUGAACACGGCGUUGUUCGAGGCCAACGGUGGCUGUGGCUACGUGCUGAAGCCGGCGGUGCUGUGGGACCGCAGUUGUUCGCUCUAUCAGCAGUUCUGUCCGAUGGACAGAGAUGUGGAGAAAAUGAGCCCAGCUGUCUUUUCCCUCACCAUCGUCUCUGGUCAGAACGUGUGUCCGGGGAACAGCGCGGGCAGCCCCUGCGUCGAGGUGGAUGUCCUGGGCAUGCCCGUCGACAGCUGCCACUUCCGCACCAAGCCCAUCCACCGCAACACGCUCAACCCCAUGUGGAGCGAGCACUUCCAGUUCACCGUGCACUUUGAGGACAUGUGCUUUGUGCGCUUCGCCGUGGUGGAGAACAACAGUUCCCAGACCACUGCGCAGAGGACGCUGCCCCUGAAGGCCCUCAAACCAGGUUACAGACACGUCCAGGUGAGGACGCAGCACAACGAGCCACUCGAAGUCUCCAGCUUGUUCAUCUACAGCCGCAGAACCGAGGAAGGUCCCACAGGGGGCGCUACAUCCUCAUCCUUGCUGUUCAGUUCAGAGGAGAAACAUGCGUCCCAGCAGCACUGGGUGACGGUGCACGGAGCCCCGGGUCCCGAGCCCUUCACCGUGUUCUGUGUUACCGAGCAGACCACGGCCAAGCAGCUGCUGGACACGGUUGUGGCGCCUGCGGGGAACCCGUCCGAUUACUUCCUGUGUGAGGAGAGGGUUCCUCUGCUGAAGGAGCGCAGCGAGGUCAAGCGCUGUGCUCAGCAUCGACCCCUGGCUCCGGAGGAGGAGGUGGUCCGACUGGUCGACAGCUGGAACUCCGAGGAGGGACACGUGGGGAGGAUUUACCUCAAGACCAGAGAGGAGAACUUGAACGAGAAGAACUCGGUGCAGGACGGAGAGGAGGAGGUGACUGUGGGGAGUAGAGAAGGAGGAGGAGGAGGAGGAGGAGGAGAGGAAGAUAUGUUCUUUGUCCAGGUUCAUGAAGUUUCACCGGAGCAGCCCCACACUGUGAUCAAGGCCCCGCGUUACAGCACAGCUCAGGACAUCAUACAGCAGACUCUGUCAAAGGCCAAGUAUUCCUACACGAUCCUGUCAAACCCCAACCCGUGCGACUACGUCCUGAUGGAGGAGGUGACCAAGGACGUGGGCUCCAAGAAGUCCUCCGCCGCCAAGCCUCUGCAGCGGGUGCUGCUGGACCACGAGUGCGUCUACCAGGCUCAGGGUCGCUGGCGCGGCGCGGGAAAGUUCAUUCUCAAGCUCAAAGAGCAGGUGGCGCGGGAGGACAAAAAGAAAGUGAUGUCCUUCGCCAGCGAGCUCAAGAAGCUGACGAGUCGCGGCCGCAGCAUGACGACCGGCGUGGCGUCGGAAGGCCCCGCCCAGAGGUAUCUGUCUGCAGCUGCAGGUCUGAAGGUGUGGGUCGCGGAGGGCAGGGUGGGGGCAGCAAGGUUUCUACAGUCCAACUCCCCUUCCUCCUCCUCCUCCUCCUCCUCCUCCUCCUUUAGGGGGGGCUUCCAGCCCGUCCACCUGCCUGUCUCGUCUCUGACCCCGCUGGCCUGGAAGCUUCACCUCCUCAGGAACUGGAAGAUCCACAAAUGAAUUCCAGAGCCGGAGAGAGACUUUGCGAUUACUACUUCUAAACUUGAAGAUGAGAUCCCCCCCACCCCCCACCCCACCCCCUUUGCAAGAGAGGCAGGAUUUUUCAGCGAGGGUCAGACGCACUCACUCUGGACGGAAUACGCUCCUCUCUACGUCCCGGAGGAGCCUGACCCCGCCUCGUGUUAGCUGAGCAGGUGGAGGACAGGGUCCGGUCCACGCCCCUGGUGGCAGGUGUUUCUGGUGCUUUUGCUUGGUUUUGAAUGAUGGGAAGGAGUUUCCAAUGAGAAAAUCCCACCCGGCGUCACUGACCGCGUGGCCAGCUCCGCUCGUCUUGGAUUUAUUGCUUGUUGCGCGGCGGCUCCGUACUGGAGUCCAGAAGCUGGAGCGGCGUUCCCCGCAAAAUGACCCCUUGGAGAUUUCAUGUUUAGAGUUUGGGUUUGGUCGCGUUGAGACGCGAUACUCUUUUACGGGGUCGCCACAGCGAAUCUCGGUGGGUUAAGUGUGGCCCUUCUGGUUGUGGCCAUUGAGGGACCUUGAAUCAAGGAGGCACUCGUGCAUUUUAAUGAGGAGCGUUGUUGCGUCAAUGACGUCGAACAGCAACGGCCCCCGGGAAAUGGGGGAUGGAGGAAACCGUUUAAAAGGAGAAGAAAAAGAUCUACGUUUCUUUUCCUCUGGAGAGCUCCAACUAAACUUUUCUGCUUGGCACAGCUGAAACCCCCCCCCCCCCCCCCCAAAAAAAAACGCUGCGCUUGGGAGACACGAAUAGAGCAGAGACAGGUAUUGACAUGAUAACACGCCAAAGUGAGACAAAAUCAAAAAUCUGUUAUUGUCGACGAAACACGAAAAAAUCUCCCAGGCGUUAUUUGUGCGGACGGCCUUUUUCCCGUGCCGCAGCAGCAGCAGAUGCCGUUAUUGAAGUCAUCAGGUGCGCGAUUGUGUGUGGACGUUGUCCUGCCCUUACCAAUGAAUGGGAGGAAUGUGUCAGAAGAUUAAAAAAAGCGCAUCCCGGAUUCACAUUAAAAGAGGCAUGGGUUUUGCUUUCAGAGGGGCCAGUUUUCUCUUCUUCUUUUCUUUUUAAACGGAGGAGCGCUGCGAGGAUUGAAAAGGGUUCAGUCGUCAAAGAGCUGAUUCAGGGAAAAUCCAAACGUGGCUCCACAAGAGAUUCAAAGGCCUGUUUUUGCUCGCGCAGGCUGCAGUUUGGAAUUGGAGGUUUAGAGCCUGCGUUUGGUGUAAAGUGAGUUUCUAAAUUAACUUUUUUUUCCCCAUUUAAAUUCUGGCAACAGUUCGAGAAAGCACACAGCAGAUGGAGGGAGAUCUGCUAAAAGAAAAACAACGGAAGGAGAGAUGCUAAGGAGUCCGAGGGCGGAGGGGUCUUCUUCUCGCCCUCUCGCGUGCGGACUCUUUUUGGCCUGAGGUCACUGUGAAGGAGUCCGACAAGCUGGCUUGCACGACUCUCUUCUUUCUGUUCCAGUUUCACAGUACUGUAAGGGGCCCGACGACGGGGCGGUGCAAACUCACACUGCUGACAGAGUGAGACGUACACUGAUAGGCUGAAACAGACGCAUCGACGCUUCUGGCGAUUUCUCAGACACUACUGUCUCCGCCCCCACAAUGCAUUGCGGCAUUUUUAAGGCAGCGCAGAUGUGCAAUAUUAGCUCGUGCCGCGGAUACAGUCAGUUUUUCCAUCUAUGUCACAACGCUGCCCUUUGACCUUUGCGUUUAAAUUUCGUGGCUGUAAAUCUUUCAGUGAUCUUCAGCCGCUUCCCCCGCGGGAUUCGUUCUUGCCAACGUCACUGUCCGCGUUGUUUCAACAGGCAUCUGGACGCAGCAACAACCUUUUAAGUUAAUUGAGUCUUACAUUUAAUUAUAUACGUGUACAUAUUUUCAUUGAGAAGUUGAACCCGUGACUUGGACAGUGGCACUGACGCGUCACUUGAGUGUUGGUACAUUAAACGCAGCCUCAACACAACAUAUGGCCAGAAUGUGUAACUAAUAGUAUAAAUCAGACAUUUGAUUUCAGCUCUCGUUACUGAACCUCGCGACGAGGACUUUGAGGGAAAAAAAAAUCCCCUGUUGAAAGUAUUUGUUACAAUUUAAUUUUUCCUUUCAUUUUCGUGUCUGACCUAUUUUGCCAUUGAGAAAACAGCCGAGUCUUCUGCAAACAGCAUUUUGCACAUUUUUCUUCUCCUUUUUGCUGUUGUCUUCUCUGUUACGUUUCGACUAAUGACAGAAGCGUGGUUGUUAUGAAUUCAUUUUUUAUGAUCGUCAUAUUUAUAACGAUUAGUUUUGGCCCAGUUGCGAAUUCGGUUCUGAGGGGGGCACAAGACAAAUAUCUUUGGGUUGUUGUUAUAACUUUCUGUCAAAGUACGUUGUCCGAGGCCCAACCUUUGAUUUUCCCCACAAAACGGUUCGCAUUGAAUUGAACGCCCACAUUUACUGUUGUUGAUUAUGAUUGCAGACUCUUCAUAGGUUACUAGUAUUGAUUGAUUUGUCACUGAUAAUGAUUGUAGAGUUCAUUUCAGUUUUAUUUAAAAAGAACAGCUGUAAAACUUGAUUUAUUCGGGGCCAGUUUUCCCCUUUUUCUUCUGUCGUGAUUUGUAACAUUUCCAUUGAUUGAGUUUUUGAAGACGUUUUUCCCUCUUCUUCGUUUUUCUGGCUUUUUAGGCUCAGAUCCCCCAAUGGUAGUUAAUCUAAUGAUCCCAAUCACAUUUUAAAAUCCACAUCAAGAUGUUUGGAGUCAACCGCGGAGAACACUCACCUGACAUCAUACAGUCCAAAUGAAAUCAUGUUUCUCAUAUUAACUUUGUGCGAUGUUUGACUCAAAGUGUCGUGAGCCCACCUCUAAAUGAAUGCCUUGCUAAGAAUCAAUGAUGCUUUAGUCAAUUCGCCUCCUUUCCAACCCACAUUCCAACACUGACUGACUGAAGCGACGCCAUGCAUCCGUAAAAACUAAAAUCAGCGGUUUUAAAAUGCAGGGAACUAAGUAUAACUUUCAUUUGACAUGCUGGACUUUUAUUUUAUUUUUUCAUAGGCAUUUUGGGCAAACGUGGCCACAGUCCACAGAAGAGAUUUCGUUUUGUCUUUUAAGUAAAACUUUGCUCAGUAGCAAGUAACGGUGUUUGAAUCUUAGUGCAAUAGUGAAGUUCUGUCACUCGACAAAUUACUGAUGGUGUUUUUUUUUUCCUCCUGAUAUUUUUUUCUCUCCCCUUAUUCCUGAUCUUGACUUGUACUUUUUAAAUUACUCACACACACAGAUUAUCUUUUGUUAGUCACUGGGCAGCAGGACGACCCCUGAGGAAGACUGUGAGAUUAGAUCCCGAUCCCAGAAUCCACAACUCUCUGUAACUGGCAGGAGCAGUAGUCACUGUUAUCCUGUCAGGCUAACAUGUCAUGUAGAAAUGUCAUUAUGUAGAAACAAAACGAUCACAUAUUAGAAAACCGGUGAUUACCUGCAACUGCAGAGCUACACAUCGUGUGAUAUCCAUACUGACUUCAAACAGGAAGGGACGGUUUCCGUUCAGUUGUACAUUUAGGAUCCAUCCGCCUUAUCCCCCCCCCCCCCCUUUCUAACCUGUAGACCUCAUUUCUGAAUGUAACCUGUUCUUACCGUGUUGAACCUGAGACGAACGUGUGUGUAGAUGUUAUUUAUUUGAAUGUGAAGCCCUGGUUGGCAUCUAUCUGUCGUUGCUUAUGUGUCAUUUUCCCGUGAGUACGUUGAAGUUUAGUUUUUUUAUUUAUUUCAAUCCGAGAGAGGAGGAUUCUCUCUUCUGCCCUAACUUCACUCAAACGUAUUUAGAAAUGUAAAGAAAUCAUUUUUACUUUACUGGGUAAAAUAUUCAGUAUGUAUUUUAUGUCAUGUUAUACUGCAGCACACAGCAGCAUCUUGUUUUUUGUGGCAAUUUGAAACCUUGUUAAAUCAUUUAUUGAUGAUUUUGGUGUGUCCAUUAUAUCCACUGAAUAUGACAUGCGUGUUUGCUGACUGUGGGCACUCGGCCUUUUUCCAUAAGAUGUGCAGUAAAAACCCUUUAAUAUCCACCCUCUGCGCCGUGCUGUGGCUGUCAAGCGAACGUUUGUCUAUUUACUUGAAAUUUUAAAUGGAUGAUAAUUGGUGCAUUCGUUAUAUACCAGGAUCAUAAUUAAACUACAAAUAUGUAA